ACUGUAGACAUCCCUGACUUUAUCAACUAAACACAACAAUGAUGUCUGAGCUUAGGGAAGCUAACACCUGUUAGUGGUCCUGACAAGCCUCUUCUUUGAGAAGAGUAAAACUGCAUUUAGUGAAGGAUGACGGAGGGUCACAGGUAGUCGAAUAAUCAGCUAUUGUCUGAUAAUGGCUAAAAACAUGGUCUACUGAUCCAUCAGAAGAAGCCCGGAGAGUGUCCACUGUGAGAUGGCUCACACUUGUGCAGGUGCUAUGUUUGCGGGGGAUGCAACUUUGGAGGAGAGCACUUGUCCCCUCUGCCGCCUUCCUUACAGGUGGCAGGUGUUAGAAGGCGACGGUGUGACCUGGAAGGACCUGCCUGACAUGGAGGACAUCGAGAAGGCUUACUGUGACCCGGGGCGCGAAUCAAGCUGCAUGGAUCAACUGACACACACCUUAGACAGUUUGAGAUAUUUGUCGAUUCAAAGCUCUGCGUCCAUUAAAGAUCAGGCAGUUGACUUCCUGACGAUGACAUGUGGAGGCUCUCCUGUUCGUCGCCUGUCCACUGCCUCCUCCGUCUCAAAGCCUCCUCACUUCAUUCUGACAACCCAGUGGCUGUGGUACUGGAAGGAUGACAUUGGGGAGUGGCUGGAGUACGGACAGGCCGGUGCUGACACACCAGUCACCUCAGAAUCUCUGGAGAGCGUCUACCAAGCAGACAUAGAUACAGAUGUUGAAUUUAAUGCAGGCGAUCAGAGGUACACUCUUUACUUUAGAGGUGAACCACAAACCAUGCAGAUGUAUCAGCAAAAUGUAAAAUACAAAACCAAGAGAGAGGUCAGACGGAGGCCUCGAUUUGUGUCUGCUCAGGAGGUGGAGGAGCUCUCAGAUUGUCGAUACAAGACCAUACCACUCUCCAAGUCUGAGGAAUAUAACAUGAUUGAAAUGAGUUUUAAGAAAACCAUGUCUGGGAGCAAAAUUCACAGCAUCAAGAGGAUCCAGAACCCUUCUCUGUGGAGAGUCUUUCAAUGGCAAAAAGACCAGAUGAAAAAGAGGAACGGAGGGAAAGUUGUGAAUGAGCAGAACUUGUUCCACGGGACAGAUGAGUCCCUGAUCGAGGCGAUCUGUGAUCAGAACUUUGACUGGAGGGUGUGUGGUGCCCAUGGGACGUCCUACGGCAAAGGUAGCUACUUUGCCAAAGAUGCGUCCUAUUCAGACACAUACGUCAAAGUCAACAGACACAAGAAGAAGACCAUGUUCGUUGCUCUAGUCCUGGUCGGGGAGUACACGAGGGGAAGCAGCAGCUACGUACGACCUCCACCUAAAAGAGAUGGCAAAACCCUCUAUGACAGCUGCGUAGAUCGUGAGAGAAACCCGAGCAUCUAUGUCAUCUUUGAAAAGCACCAGAUUUAUCCAGGGUAUCUUAUUGAAUACUCAUAAAGUACCAGUGCUAUUCUUUCCUUCUCUGAAGUCCUUGGUCAAGGGGAAACUCUUUUAUGGGUUGCUCUUAAUUUGAUACAUGAUGAUGGAUCAAUCAUUUAGGGUCUUUACUUUUGAUGGCGCUGUGGACAACUGAGCACAUCUCAAAGCCGGCGACAGCCUAUAGGGCCAAGGAGUCCCGCCCACCCAAACAAAAUGUGAGGGGGGGAAAUGAAUAUCAGUUUAAAUCAAUGCUGCCAAUUCAGAAGUAGACUGGCACAAUGCUGAUACUGAUUCAAACUUGUGAUCGGGUGGUCAGCAUGCAACAUCACGGAGAGGCCUGCACCUUUUUGUUGGUCGAGUUUGAUGAACAAAUUCAACGCUCUGAUUCAGACUUCGGUUGAAAGAGCACACUAGUGGUAUAGUACUUGAAAUCGGUCAUUCAUAAUUGGAUUUUUAUCCCCCGUUUACAGCAGCAACCUUCCUGGUGUUACGAUCUAAAUGAGGGACACGCCCCCUGCACACAAGAUGAUGUUUAUGGUCUUGGCCUGGACUUAGUCUCGAUCUCUUUAUGUCUUGUUUCGGAGCACUCUGGUCUCAGGUAGGUCUUGGUCUCAGUUAGUGUGGUCCUGAAUUCAACACUAGUUGGCGCCCAAGACCAGAAACAUGUCACCAAUCAGUGACUGUAUAUAUAUACUGUAUGUAUAUUGCAGAUCAAUAACUACUUCAUGCUUACUUUCAAAAUUGUGUGUAAAUGUAUGAAUCACCUUUAUUGAAAACAAAUAAAAAAAACAUUGUAUUCAGUGAA